AGUUUAUAUUUGUACUUCUGUUUUAAUAGAUUAGAUGCAAUAGAUUAAAAAUUUAAAAUAAUCUCUAGCUUUACCUUUUUGUCUAUGCUUCAGAUAAAACAAGAAGAAACUCUGUUUUCUAUUUACAGAAGAAAAAACAUGAGGAGCUCCUUGAUGGUGGAGAAAGAUGCAAGAAUUGAGGUAGAGAGAGAAGAAAGAGAUGACUUGGAAGAGACGCAAAACGAACCAGAUGAUUUCAACUCAAUUCCACCAUGGAAGAGUCAAAUCACUUUCAGAGGGAUCGUUGCAAGCUUGAUCAUUGGUAUUAUCUACAAUCUGAUCGUGAUGAAGCUAAACCUAACCACAGGUUUGAUCCCCACCCUAAACGUCUCUGCAGCACUUUCAGCAUUCGUGUUGCUUAGAAGCUGGACAAAGCUACUCACAAAGGCAGGGAUUAUGACUAAACCGUUCACUAAACAAGAGAACACUGUGGUGCAAACAUGUGCUGUUGCAUGUUACAGCGUUACAAUAGGAGGUGGGUUUGGUUCGUACCUUCUUAGUUUGAACACAAGGACUUAUGAACAGUCAGGAGUUCACACUGAGGGGAAUAGUCCGGGAAGCACAAAAGAGCCAGGGAUUGGUUGGAUGACUUGUUUCUUGUUCUUUACUUGCUUUGUUGGUCUUUUGGCACUGGUUCCUUUAAGAAAGGUAGGGACUUGAAGCUUCAUGUUUCACUUCGUUGUAACUACUAACUAGAGAUGUUGUAGUAAGCCAAAAGUUUGCGGGUUAAUAUAGCCCGAGUUUGAUCUAUUAAACCCCGCUUGGUUGGUCCGGUCUGGUUCAGGGUCAGUCUUGCGCUUAGCGAGAUGAAACUUUCGUUUCAGCUCCAAAUUUUUAGUGGUUAGUAUGUGUAGAUCAUUCAACCCCAAAUUAGUUAGGAAUAUAUAGAAUAAAGGAAAAGAGAUACAAGAAUUGUUGUGUUGUACACUACAAGAAAACACAGUUUUAGCAAGGAAAUUUAACGAGGAAAACUAUUCCUCGUGAAAUUACGAUGACU